AUGGCCACUAGAUGGAGCUUUCAUCACACUGGGAUCAUGCACGUGUCCCUGGCUGAGGCUCUGGAGGUGCGUGGAGGUCCUCUGCAGGAAGAGGAGGUGUGGGCGGUGCUGAGCCAGAGCGCAGAGAGCCUCCAGGAGCUCUUCCACAAAGACCCUGCAGCCAUGGGCUUCAUCAUCUCUCCCUGGUCACUUCUGCUGAUGCCGUCUGGAAACAUCUCCUUCACAGACGAGUACGUGACGCAGCAGGACCUCAGAGCCUUCACGGCCCCCGAGGUCCUUGAGGGGGUCACGCUCACCUCUGUCUCAGACAUAGAAAAGAUGCACAUGUACUCUCUGGGAAUGACUUUGUUCUGGGGAGCGGAUUAUGAGAUUCCACAGAGUCAGCCCAUGAAGUUGGGGGAACACCUCAACAGUCUGCUGCUCAACAUGUGCGACGACGUCACAGUGAGCCGGAUGUCGCUGCGCACGGUGCUGGACAUCUGCAGCAAACACAUCCGGAACUCCAGCUGCGACCCGCCUUUCUCCUACAUCAGGAAACUGGUGCGGCUGGUUAUGGGAAGUUUGUCACAGCUGGACGGUCUGGUGACGGACAGAGAGUCGCUCCCAGAGAGGAGUAAAGAGAUCAGGGAGAGACUCAGAGGAAAAGGGCUGCCCUCAGGAAGAAGUGCCGCUCCAAGGGUCUUAGAACGCUACCGAGCCCGGACUCAAGACCAGGCCUCUCUGAACCGAGGCCUGAGUCGCUCUAUGGGAUCCCUACCUCAGGACAUCAUCAAAGCAGAAGAAACCGCCGCGGCACAGUAUUCCCAACCGGAUUAUCGACCAAGCUCCGGCUCCCCGACAGAACUCUACCCCCGAGCCCCGUCACUGCAGCACCAGCACUCCUACCCGCACCUCCACCCCUUACACCCGCGUCAGAAGGGCCGCCCCGUGGAACUGGACCGCCGGUCUUUGCACUUCCUGGGCUCGGACUUGGGACCCAGCCAGCCUCGCAAGCCCUGGGCCUCGUCCGUGGACUUGGCCUAUAUCGACCCGGAGGCGCUGCGUUUCGGGGCGCUGGAGGAUGCGCGGAGGGGGAGCGUGGCCUUGAGCACGUACUCCGCCGGCGCCAGGCACAAGUCGCCGCUCUUGGGCUCCAGGGAGUUCGGGAUGAAGAGCAGGAAGCCUCAUCAUCAUCACUCGGCUCUGUCUGUGGGAUCGGGAAUACCCAGCACCUACGACCGCAUCAAAGAGCAGCAGAGGAAGCUCCAGCUGUUUCGGAAAAGAGGAGAAGAGCCGGCCCAGACGCACCAUCGGUACUAUAGCGACUACAGCUCGUCCAGUGAGAGCCCGUCGGUGACCUCCUCCGAUCCAGAUUAUAGACAAGCGAAGAAAUCCAAUGACGCGAGACGGUUUGGUUCUCAGCUUGUCCUCACUUCAGAACAAGAUGGCUACGCACUAACGAAUCACCCGCAGAGGAGACAGGAGCAGUAUGAGGGGCCGGCAGACGAAGGACUGGAGGGGGCAGAGCUCCUGCUACAGAAGCAGGAGGAGGAGGUGCAGCGGCUACAGGCCCAGCUGGCUAAAAGACUUUCCAGAGCAGAUCUGUACUCUGCUGACGAACCCCUGCUGCUGUCCAAUACCUCUGCCCUGGAUCUGAGAGACCCUCUGUACGCAACCACAGCGCUGCAGAAACGCAAGAAUUUCUUUGGACCGGAGUUUGUGAGGAUGGCGAGUGACCCCAGUGUGACUCUCACGGUCCCCUCCUCGAUUACGAAGCGAGGGAAGGGCGAGGAGGUCCAGAGGAAGGUGGCAGUGGUCCUCCUCAGCGGGCAGAAGCUGGAGCUGAGCUGUGACACUAAAGCCGUGUGCAAAGACGUCCUGGACAUGGUGGUCGCCCACAUUGGGCUCGUGGAACAUCAUCUGUUUGGUCUGGCCAAUCUCAGAGAUAAUGAAUUGUUCUUUGUGGAAUCCGAUGCCAAACUCAUGGAUAUUGCCCCCGAGGGGUGGAAGAAGGAUCCGAAGAAAAAGAAGACGGACGUUCCCUUUAUACUGUUUUUAAGAAUAAAAUUCUUUAUUGAUGAUGUUCAUCUCAUUCAACAUGCGAUGACCAAGCAUCAGUACUACCUGCAGCUGAGGAAGGAUGUCCUGGAGGAGAGGAUGAGCUGCGACCUGGAGAACACCAUGCUGUUGGCGUCGCUGGCUCUUCAAGCAGAGUACGGAGACUACCAACCGGAGCUCCAUGGAAAAACCUAUUUUAGAAUGGAGCACUACAUUCCAGUGUCUAUUCUGGACAAACUGGACCAGACCACGCUGAGAGAAGAGCUUCCAAAACUUCACAGCAACUAUUACGGAGCCUCAGAGUCUGACGCAGAGUUUGAGUUCCUGAAGGUAAGCCAAAGGCUGACUGAAUACGGAGUCCACUUCCACAGAGUGUUCCCUGAGAAGCGUUCGCAGACGGGCCUCAUGCUCGGCGUCUACUCUAAAGGAGUUCUGAUCUUUGAAGUGCUGAAUGGAAACCGCACUCCUGUGCUGCGCUUCCCCUGGAGAGAAACCAAGAAGAUUUCAUUCAAUAAAAAGAAGAUUUGCCUCCAGAACACGUCAGACGGGAUCAAGCACCUGUUCCAGACGGACAGCAAUAAAACAUGUCAGUACCUGCUGCAGCUGAGCUCAGACCAGCACAAGUUCCAUCAGCAGAUGAGAGCUCGCCAGAGCCACCAGGAGCAGAAGGACCUGGAGAACUCUCCCCUGAGCAGCCUGCAUUACACCUUUGACCAUGUAGGGGGCGCUGGGGGGCGCACUGUCAGCUCUGGGAGCUUAUCGUCACGUUCAAACCCAGACCAGCUUAAGAGGAUCUCCUACUCUGAGGUGGCCCUGAACCGGGCCCUGUCUGGUCCUCUGUCGGUCCACGAGCUGAACUUCCCGGGUUUUAACGCUGGUCCUUCUUCUGUUCGCACCAACCCCAAACUCCUGAGUCGCUCUCUCCACAACCUGGGCCAGAUCCAGGCCUCCUCUGAGCUCCGGGACGAAGAGUCCACCAGUGACCAGGGCUUCCAGCAGCACCAGAGAGCCAGCUCAGACACAGACUCGUUCAUGCAGGCGCAGCACAAAUCUUACAGCAUCGUGCCGCACAGCAGUCCGGCCUGGAACCAUCGCAGGAAACAGCAUUCUGACACGUCUUCUAUCGAGGAAAUAGGCUCAGCUUAUGUUGUUGAUGUCAGUACGCACAAUUCUUCUGAUCAACCUUCUACCCCUGUCUCUGUGAAUGAUUCAUUAAAGAAAAGACUAAGUGCGUUGCCAUCUCCGGAGAGAGAAAUCACAGCUAUACAACUGAAAAAAGAAGUGAAAUAUGGCCUGGGGUUCCAGAUAGUCGGAGGUGAGACUUCUGGCCGCAAGGAUCUCGGGACUAUCGUGAGCGCGAUCACUCCUGGUGGACCCGCGGAUGUGAAUGGAUCCCUCAAACCUGGGGACAGACUGAUCUCGGUGAACGGUGUGUUUGUGGAGGGCCUCUCUCACGCUGCGACUGUAGAAAUCCUCCAAAAUGCCCCGGAUGACGUUAAACUCGUGGUGUCACAACCGAAAGAAAGGCUUUAUAAAGACUCUUCAACCAGUCAAAGUCAGUCCCUCACAAAGGCCCCGUCAAAGGGUCUCGAAACACUUCUUAAAUUCCAUCCGGAUUUGGAGUCUUCCUUUAAGGACCCGGCCCGAACUCGCACGCCGAGUCCCGUUCUCCGCAGCUCCACUUCCUCCACUUCCUCCGCCUCGUCUCCCACUCACGCCCCGAAAACCAACCCUUCUAUCGGGGCUCAACCUACCAAUGGAGUCCAGGGUUUUCUGGACAGAGCCAAAAUGGCGCUGACAGUUUCAUCCAUAGCGGCUCAUAAACCAGAUUCUAGCAUCGGCCUGGACCCGCCUCCACCGGCUCUGCCUCCCAAAACCAGAAAGGCAAAGGUUUUAGAGGUCCAGAAAGAUCCGUCUGACUGCGGCGACUCGGAAAUGGACGAGGAGAUGUAUUCAAGCCGUAGCACUGACAAACAGGAAUGCAUCAUGGAUAAUGUAAAUGGCAAUGCCCCAGGGGUCAUUAGUCUCCGUCCUGGGGAUCUAUUUGACGUUGAGCUGUCUAAAAACGACAGCAGCCUGGGCAUAAGUGUCACGGGAGGAGUGAACACGAGUGUCCGACACGGUGGGAUUUAUGUCAAAGCCGUCACGCCCCGAGGAGCUGCGGAGCUGGACGGACGGAUACAGAAAGGUGAUCGCGUGAUGGCGGUCAAUGGAAAGAGUUUGGACGGAGCCACUCAUCAGCAAGCUGUGGAAGCUCUGCGAGACACGGGGCAGAAAGUGCGUUUGUUACUGGAGAAGGGCCAUCCUCCCGCAGACAGCGUUCAUGCCCCGCUCACACCUCAACAGUCGCCCCCUUCAGGACACAGCACGUCACAGCAGCUUCCACACGACUACAGCUUUGUCACAGACGAGAACAUGUUUGAUGUGACUCUGCUGAAGAACACGUCCGGCCUGGGCUUCAGCUUCAGCCGAGAGGAGAGCGUCCCCGGAGAGGCCCAGUCCAGCAUGGUGCGAGUGAAGAAGCUCUUCCCUGGACAACCGGCAGCAGAGAGCGGCCGCAUCAGAGUCGGGGACGUCAUUCUCAAAGUCAACCAGACGCCACUCAAAGGACUCUCUCAACAUGAAGUGAUCUCAGCUCUAAGAGGAACGGGACAAGAGGUGAAGCUGCUUCUGUGUCGACCUGAGCCGGGCAUACUCCGAGAAGUGGACGCCGCUUUGACUCCCAUGUCGUCACCCAGAAAAGAGCCAGAGUCCAAAGCUGACCUGAGCUUGCUUUUGAGCAGAAUCUCCACCUCCCCAAGGACUCGGGGCAAGAAAAGUUCAGUGGAGGAUGCUCUGGAGAGACUGCAGAAGACUCCGGGCCGUCAGAACAGCUACAGCGACAGCAGCGAUGGAGACGAGGAGGUCCAGGAGGCGUUCAGUCCAGGCCGACACCCGUCCUGGGACCACAGCGUGUACCAGACCCCCAGCAGCAGUCUCCCUCUGGGAGGGUUCAACAACUCUGCUCAGCUGGAUGAGAGCGCUCAGUCGGACUUCUACUCUCCAAACCUGUCCCUUACAAGGCUGGAUCUGAGUAAAAGAAGUCCUCCGUCCCCUCGGCCAGCGGAUCUAGAAUCUCCAGAGCCCAUGCUUUCCUCUUCUGCUGACCCCAGUCCUGAGCCCCUGCCUCCUCCUCUCCCUCAUCCACUGAACCUCACCCUGUCUGCCAACGGUCAGGACAUGGACGAGUAUGUUCCAGAGGCGGAGCUCAAUGUGUCUUUAAUGAAAUCAGAGAAGGGCAGUCUGGGCUUCACUCUGACCAAAGGGAACGACCACGGAUGCUAUAUUCAUGACAUCGUGCAAGAUCCAGCCAGAGGAGACGGACGACUCAGACCAGGAGACCGAAUGAUAACAGUGAACAACACAGACGUCACAAACAUGGGCCACACUGAAGUCGUGAACCUUGUGCGUGCGGCGCCUCGAGUUGUUGAUUUAGUCGUGGGCAGAGUUCUGGAAUCACCAAAACCACCAAUAGAAGCCCAUAUGCUGCCGGAUAUCUGCUUUAGAGGCACCAGACAACCCCUGGGGUUGUUGUUGGAGGGCGGCUGCGACAGUCCGUACGGAGUCUUGUUUGUGAGGGACAUCCUUCCUGGAUCUUUGGCGUCAGAAGAAGGAAGUUUGCAGCAUUUGGACCUGAUCCACUACAUCAACGGGGCUCCGACCAAAGAGCUGACUCUGAGCGAGAGCAACCGGCUGCUGGAGCUCUCCUUCAGCGAACUCACCGUCAAAGCCACACGGGACGGGAAGCCUGUUUCUCCGGUUCAGAAAAGUGUCUCAUUUCCCAACAACUUUAGCCCCAAAGUUGCAUCAGCCAUAAAUGGUUUUCUCAAAGCAGAUGCUCCGAGACAAACUGACUUUCUCUCAUCUCUUUGUCCCAUGGAGGAGGAGACGCUGCACCUGGAUCUGCAGAAGCCUGUGUCCGGGGGCCUGGGCUUCUCUGUGAUCGGAGGAGAACGAGGGAUCUUUGUCAAGUCCAUCACUCCAGGAGGCGUCGCUGAGGCCUCAGGGAAGCUGCAAGUUGGAGACAGAUUACUGAAGGUAAACGAUGAAAUGAUGAACGACGUGUCUCACAACAAAGCCGUCACCACGAUCCGCAAAACCAAGGGCCUUGUGCAUCUGAUAGUGUCCAGACCUCCAGAGCAGAACCGGGACUAUUCACCAGUCAGUCCAGAGAAACACAAUGGGGCCUCAGAUGCGAGUGGUGAUUUUGGCAGGCGCCGUAAGCCGUCUACUCUCCUCGAUGAAUCCAAACCUAGCAGCUACCCUGAACUACCACCAAUAGAUUAUGACGACGGCUCCGUGGAUCUCACUAAAGACAUGAAUCAAAGCACGGAGCUGUCAGAGGACACUGACUGUGACGGUUCUCCGCUUCCAGAAGAUUCUCCUCAGAAUUACCGCAGCAUGCAAUGGCAGGAGGAGAGUGUGGACGAGCCGCUGGACCAGCCUUUCCUGAGCAGCAGACACACCGGGACCGAUGAGGAUGACAUCACAUGGGGCAGCGAUGAGUUGCCGAUUGAAAACAUAACAUCGAGUGGCGACGGUCCAGUGAUCACGGAGGACGAGCUGACCUCUCUCCCUCUGGUCAAAGUGGUCCCUGACGGUCAGUACACCGGGCUCAAACUCAGCUCCGUGGUUCGUACCAUGAGAGGACUCCUGGAGCAGAAAGUGCCUCUGCAGGAGUUUGAAAAUCUACAGAACCUUCAACCCCUGGACGACUGUUUGAUCGGUCAGACCAAAGAAAACAAGAGAAAGAAUCGCUACAAAAACAUCGUCCCUUUCGACACAACCCGCGUCCUCCUGGGGAAAGACGGCGGCUACAUCAACGCCAACUUCAUCAACAUGGCGGUGAAGGACGAGGACUUCAGCUACAUCGCCUGCCAGGGGCCCCUCCCCACCACACUGGGGGACUUCUGGCAGAUGGUGUGGGAGCAGAAGUCCAACGUGAUCGCCAUGAUGACCCAGGAAGUGGAGGGAGGCAAAGUGAAGUGUCAGCGGUACUGGCCCGACACGGCGAUGACGGCCGAGAUGGUGGACGAGCGACUACAGAUCACCCUCAUCAAGGAUCAGCACCUGGACAAUUUUGUCAUUCGACUCGUGGAGGUUAAGGACGUACAGACCGACGAGAUCCAGCGGGUCACUCACCUGAACUACACGGGCUGGCCGGACCACGGGACGCCCUCUCAGCCCGAGCAGCUGCUGACCUUCAUCUCCUACAUGAGGCACGUGCACCGCUCGGGGCCCAUCAUCACCCACUGCAGCGCGGGCAUCGGACGCUCCGGGACUCUGAUCUGCAUCGACGUGGUGCUGGGACUCAUCAGUAAAGAUGCCGACUUUGAUAUCUCGGAUGUGGUUCGAAACAUGAGGCUUCAGAGACAGGGGAUGGUCCAAACAGAGGAUCAGUACGUUUUCUGCUACCAAGUCAUUCUGUACGUGCUGCGGUGUCUUCAGGCCGAGGAGAAGAUCUCGGGAUGA